UCAGCCAUGGCCUCCGCGGUAUCACACGACGACAUUCGCGCGUUGAGUCGACAGCCCCCAGCCGAUCCAGACGUUCAUGCGACACUGUCGGACUUCUUGACCUACACGGAGCACUUUCCUUCUCAUCUCACCCGCGCGCUCACGUUGAUACACGAACAGAGGCUACGUGCCGAAGGGAAGAUCCGCUCGAUCCACGACGACACCACUGCUUACAGCACGCUCCCAUCCAUCACCCAGAACCGACCGGAUCCUGUCGAGCUACGGCGUCGCAUCAGCUAUGCCCUGGAAGAAGCAGAGACGGCUUGCCGGAUGGCCGUGGUGGAGGCGGAAAGACUCGACAUUGAAUGUAAGAAAGAGGCUUGGAAGUUGGAUACUGUCGUGCGCAAGCUGCGCGCGCAGCCCAAACCACCAUCUCGCGAUCCGACACCAGAGCAGCAACAGUUGACCUCACCCAACUUGAAGCGUGAAGCGCAUUUCGGCGGGCGUGGAGACGAAUCCCGCGUGGACAAGCUCUCGCGACGCAUGCAGGACAAAGCGGCCAGCAAACUCCGCGGACGGAAGAUCAUGGUUCCAGGCGAAGUCUUGCCGCCACCGGACCCAAAUGCGCCGUAUGAGGAUCUGUCGGAUUGGACUUCUCCUCGCGCCUCACCACCGCUGUUGGAGGAGCCGCCGAUGUCUGUGCCUCCGACACGAGAGCGCGAGCGAGAUAGGAAAUCGACCACCACGCCGCGACAACGAUCACAUACACCCAAGCAGUUGCUCAAACCACGCGGGCCCCGUCUACCGGGCCAGCCGGGUACAAAUGCGCAUUCGGCAGUCGCUGGGAUCAGCACAUCUAAUGCUCUGCUCGCUCUGACCAAACCGCCGGAUGAUGCGCCCAAGGGCAGCAAAUGGGCGCCCUGGCUCAAGCUGACUGAAUGGGAAAUGGCGAAUCUGAGAAAGCGGAUGAAGAAGAAUGCCAUCUGGGUACCUUCCCAGACGAUGGUGCGACGCGAGUUGAAGCUGCUAGGUCGCGGCCUAUCUGCAAAGGAAGCUGCGAGAGCGCAGGCUGAGGCCGGAGGCGAACCUUUCGUCGAUGAACAUGGUGAGGUAGAUCCGACCGGGCCUGGAUCGCGCGGCGAUGGGGAUGAUAUCAUUGGCGUGCUAGCUGCGGCUCAUGUGGCUUACGAGGACGACGAGGAUGCCGAUGCCGAGUUGGUGAAUCGUGGCAUGCGUCUCAACGAGGCCAAGAAAUUGAAGCGACAGCGCAUGCAAGAGGAGCUACAAGAACAAAUCGCUCGCGAGCAGGGCGAUGACGCUUCGUCAGAAGUGGGCAAGAAGAUUUCUACAUCACCCGAGGCACAGAAGAAGCGCAAGCGAGACUCCGACUCCACCUCGGAGAGCAAGACCACCGUUCCUCCAUCGAAGAAGAUCCGAACCGCCGCCCCGACCACCUCGGCGACCGCUACAAAUUCUACGACUACCAAGGUCCCUCUCGCGCCCGAAGGCGUCUCCUCUUCCCCUUCAAGCAAGCCCUCUCGUCACCGCGCCAGCUCACCUCCCACCGCCGCCACCGCCGUCGAAAAGAAACCCCCGCCCACCCUCAACCUCCGCCGCGGCAACAAAGCCGUCUCCGAAGAACCCCCGACCAGCGCUCGCCGCGCCAACCUCCGCCGCGGCAGCACCGCGAGCAUGCCCGAAGCCGCCGCCGCCGCUGCGGCGACAGCCGCUCCAGCAACCUCCGCAGAUCAGCCAGCGCCCCUGCCCAAACGCCGCAGCAAACGUCCCGCCCCGGGGAUCGUCACGUCCUCCGCCGCCGACGGCCAAAGCGCCAAAGGCGUCGUGAGCCAACGCAAAGCUGCACCUCACUCCGUCCCCGCCGCUUCGAACACCACCUCCUCCUCGUCGGCCGCCGCCGCCGCAGCAGCAGCAGCAGUCGACGACGACGUCGCCCCCAACGAACCCACCUACUGCCUCUGCGGCGACGUCUCCUGGGGCACGAUGAUCGCGUGCGACAACGAGGAGGAGUGCGAGGGCGGCGAGUGGUUCCACCUCGAAUGCGUCGGCCUCACCAGCCUCCCCCCGCGCAGAGGGAAGUGGUUCUGUCCCGAAUGCGUGGGGAGAAAGAAGGGCGGCGCUGCUGGGGCUGGGGCCGGGGCGGGAGGGUAG